AUGGAAUUCUAUCCAUCAGUUGGUCCCUUUGGAGGCAGUUAUAAUAGAACAGAUGAGAAAGGAGCAACACCAAUAAAACUGGCUAGCAGCGAGGGUUGCCGCGUUGUGGAGCUAUCCCGGAGCCGUUGCCGUUGCCGUCGCAGCCCCCUCCCCGCCCUGCGGCGGAAGCACCUCCUGAGGGCAGCGGUUGAAGGCUUCCGGAGGCGGCGGGACCUGGAAGCGGCGUGGCGGGCGCUGAGCGGAGCCUGGGCCGCGGCCUUCUUCCAACGGCGGCGCCCGCUGCAACGCGCCGCGCUUAAGAGUCACGUUUUCCACUACCUGCGCAUCUUCCUUCCCGAGAGCGGCUUUGCCAUCCAGCCCUGCAGCCGCUACUCGCAGGAGACCAACGGCGCCCGCGUGGUCUCCACUCGCACCUGGUACCUCCUGAGGCAGAAGAACGACACGCUGGAGCUGCUGGUGGGCUGCAUCGCCGAGCUGCGGGCACACGAUGAGGCGCUGCUGCGCUCGGGGGAGAACGACUUCAGCAUCAUGUACUCCACACGUAAGCAGUGUGCCCAGCUCUGGCUGGGCCCUGCUGCCUUCAUCAACCACGGUGAGCCCCCCCCCGGCAUCCCCAAUCCCCUGCCCAGUCCAUUCCCAUCAUCCUCCCUAUCUCUUCUCAUUCCCUGGACCCCAAACUUUCUGAACCUGAAGGACACCCUAACAUCCGUC